AUGCGUUUCACCAAUCUCACCACUGCUGCUUUGCUUGCGGCUGUCGCCUCUGCAUCACAGACUGUGUAUCUAAUCCGACAUGGGGAAAAGCCUGCAGACGGGGGCGAUGGUCUUAACAUCCAAGGCCAGCAGCGUGCUCAAUGUUUACGGAAUGUUUUUGGAAGUGCGUCCCAGUAUAACAUCGGGUAUAUCAUCGCCGAACAGCCAAAGUCAAGUGGAAAACGUACGCGCCCAUUGCUGACCGUUCAACCGGUGGCCACCGAUCUCGGUCUGACAGUCGAUACCUCCUGCGACAAAGACGAUGCCAAAUGCGUGGCUAAGCUGGUAUCGGCAUAUAACGCAAAAGGAGCCUCCAAGAAUAUUCUGAUAUGUUGGGAGCAUCACAACUUAUCAGAUAUUGUGGAGGCACUGGGCGCCAACAACCCACCAACCUACCCUGAUGACUCGUGA